AUGUGGUUUUGGCGGGGUGUAUCCCAGUCUCUUGACGAGUUCUCUCAGACUUUUGUUGAACUGAACAGCGCAACCACAGUGAAUCAUGGCAGAUAGUUGGGGGGGAAACCCUCGCGGCGGAGGUCGUGGAAGAGGGGGAAGAGGCGGAAGGGGCAAUAGUGGCGGAAGAUUCGGAAGUGGCGGAAGAGGCGGCAGAGGGUUUAGCGGAGCAACCGGAGGUUCAGGGUAUAAGGGAAGUUGGGGAGGUUCUGGUUCUGGGGGCGGGUUCGGAAGGGGAUCGGAUGGAGCGGGCGGAAGAAGGGGGGGAGGGGGGAGAGGAAGAGUGGGAAGAGGCGGAGAGAGGGGGGGAAGAGGCGGCGGUAGAGGGGACUGGGGAAGAUAUCAGGGGGGAACCGGCGGAGAGGUUGGGCGCGGGAGCUUCAGCCCGGGCGAUUCAAGGAAGCGGAAGUUUGAAGGCGCAAGCGGAAGUUCCGACGAGGGCGGAGGAGGAGGCGCACGCGGGCGAGGUUGGGGAAGAGGAGGCGGUCGCGGGGGGACGGCGGACGGGGUGGGGGACGGGGCGGUGGACAGGGGCGAGGAGCGGGGAGGGGAGAGAGCGCUCCUAGCGGACCAAUGGACAGGAAGCAGAGGAAGGAGUUAGCGGAGGCGCGGAAAAAGCGCCGCCGCCCUCUCUU